AUGGACAAGGACAACGCAAACCCCGCCAUCCUCAACCCAAGCGACCUGCCCUCCCGCCGCCUCGCCUCCCAAAACCAAACCAAAAGCGCCGGUCUCUUCGAUGGCCUGAUCCCUUCCUACCCCCACUACGACAACCUGACUUCUGGCUCUUCGUUCCCCGCUCCCAUCCCUUCAAACUCUUCCGACGAUGUUUCUGACGAUGACGACGACAUGCGCGAAGAAAUCGACGAGCAGGAAAUCUUCGACUUGAUCAGCACAAUCUCGGACCCGGAACAUCCUCUAUCGCUGGGCUCGUUGGCUGUCGUUUCAUUGCCGGAUAUCUUUAUUUUGCCGCCUUCGUCGCCGACGUCAAAGAUUUCGACUGUGAGGGUCUUGGUCACGCCGACUAUUACUCACUGCUCGUUGGCUACUGUUAUCGGGCUGGGUGUGCGUGUGAGACUGGAGCAAUCACUGCCCCCAAGGUUCAGAAUUGAUGUGAGGAUCAAGGAAGGUACACAUGCCAGUGAUGAGGCUACCAACAAGCAACUCGGCGACAAGGAGCGUGUUGCUGCUGCUAUGGAGAACGGCACCCUGGUUGGCGUCAUCAAGAAGAUGUUGAGCACUUGCGAGUAG